CACCAGCGCCCCCACCCACCGCUCCACCUCACCCCACGGCCCACAGGCCACAACGCCGAGCUUUUUAAGCCCCCCGCCUGAGUCCUUCCCCGCCACCGCACCAAUUCAUCUCUCUCUUCCCACCAAAGCUGCGAGGCGGAAGCCGGAGGCGGAGCGGUUGUGGAGGCUGCGAGAUGUGGGUGUUCUACCUGAUAUCGCUGCCGCUGACGGUGGGGAUGGUGGCGGCGACGCUGCGCUACUUCGCGGGCCCGGCCGUGCCGGGCCACGUACUCGCCGUCGUCGGCUACGCCUGGCUCUGCUCCCUCUCCUUCGUUGUCCUCGUCCCCACCGACAUCUGGACGGCAAGCUCCGGCAAUCAGAAGAGCGACGUUGGAUUCUUUUGGAGUUGGUCGUACUGGAGCACAUUUAUCCUAGCAUGGUCUAUUGUUCCGACUCUUCAGGGCUAUGAAGAUUCCGGAGAUUUCACAUUCAAAGAAAGGCUGAAAGCUAGCAUCCACAAGAAUUUGACCUAUUAUUCAAUUGUAGGAGCUACUGGCCUUUUUGGACUCAUUCUGAUUAUAAUCAUGCGUCAUGAUUGGAUUGGUGGUAUCUUGGGCUUUGCCAUGGCAUGCUCGAAUACCUUUGGGUUAGUGACAGGUGCCUUUCUUCUUGGUUUUGGCUUGAUCGAAAUUCCAAGGAAUAUAUGGAGAAAUGCUGAUUGGACUUGGCGCCAGCAAUUUUUAUCUCACAGAAUUGCAAAGAUAGCUAUGAAGCUUGACCAUGCUCACCAAGAAUAUUGCAAUGCAAUAUUUGUUGUUGAAGCCACCUCAAAUCAAAUGUCCAAGCGCGACCCAUUAAGACCUUGCAUGGAUAUCAUUGAUAGUAUGCUGGCUCGAAUGCUGCAAGGUGAUCCAUUAUUCAAGCCAACUGGUGGCAAAUUAGGAGAAAAAGACAUGGACUAUGAUACUGAUGACAAAACAAUGGCUACUCUCCGACGUCAACUUAGGAGAGCGCACGAGGAGUAUUAUAGGCGUAAAUGUGAGUAUAUGACUUAUGUCAUGGAAGCUCUUGAGCUAGAAGACACCAUUAGAAACUAUGAGCAACGUGAUGCAAAUGGAUGGAAAUAUCUAUCGAGUUUCAGGGAAAAUCGAUCAGGCACAUUGGGGCCCUUCCUUGACUCCAUAGAGUUCAUUUGGCGCUGUUUACUGAGAAAGCAACUUAUGAGAGUACUUUCUAUUGUUCUUGGCUGCAUCUCAGCCUCCAUACUGUUGGCUGAGGCCACUUUGCUGCCAAGUGGUGUUGAUCUGUCACUUUUCUCCAAUCUUAUAAAUGCUGUAGGAAAGCAAGAAGUUCUAGUACAGGUUGCUGCAUUUGUUCCCUUGAUGUAUAUGUGCAUUUGCACAUAUUAUUCGCUGCUGAGGAUAGGGAUGAUGGUGUUCUAUUCGUUGACCCCAGGACAAACUAGUUCAGUCAGCUUGCUUAUGAUCUGCUCAAUGGUUGCCAGAUAUGCACCACCUAUUUCUUACAACUUCCUGAAUCUCAUUCACCUUGGUGAUAAUUCUAAAACUACUUUCGAAAAGAGAAUGGGAAACAUUGAUGACAUUGUCCCUUUCUUCGGGAGAAGCUUCAACAGAAUCUAUCCACUCAUUAUGGUUGUUUAUACUCUACUGGUCGCCGGUAAUUUCUUUGGGCUCCUGAUUGACUUUUUUGGAAGCUUGAAAAGGUUCAAGUACUGGACUGACCAAGAAGAAGAUAUGGACGGGUUUGAUCCAUCUGGAGUGAUUAUUCUGCAGAAGGAGAGAAUCUCGAUGGAACAAGGACGCAAAGUCAGUGAGCAAGCAACUCCACUAUCAAGAAAUUUCAGUGGUGUAAGCAAAGACGUCGAAUCUGGAAUUGUACCACUGGGUGAAAAAACAGUGGAAAAGAAGACGGAAGGAACCGCCCAGUCAAAAUAUGGUGGCAACGUUGCACACAAAUACUCUUCUAUUAGAGAACAAUGCAGUAGUCAGAAAUCAGUGGAUCAAGUAACCUCAUCGACCUCCAUUUCGCUUGAAGCUGGAAACCCUGAAACGUCGCCUUCUGUCAGUGUAGCACCAGAUUCAUCAGUUGGAAUGACCUCAACAUGGACCUCAAUGAAGACAAGUCUUCAGAAUUUCAAAGCAAACAUGGGCUCUAAGAAAUUCCUUCGUCCGAGCCAGUCUCCAAGUGUAUCACUCGAUGAGAUCUUCGAAAGGUUGCAACGGCAUCCGAGCAAUGCACAUGUGGAUCACCUUGAUGAUGAUGGACUACCUUGACGACGAUGACAUUGAGAACACGAACCCAACAGUUCAAAGAUCAGCAAGAUAGCUUGACGUAUCUGAAGAUAGAAUACGAAAGCUCAGGUUGUACGGGAUUGGAGAGCAGUGGAUACAGAAAGGAGUGCAUAAAGAAGUUAGAUACAAGAUGUAUAGAUUUUUGGUAGGCUUCUGCGGGACCCAGGUUACUAGUUCAUCUGGAAAAGUGUAAAUAUGAACCGGUAAUAUGAUGAUCUGUCCUGCCCAUAGAAGGUUAGAGGUACCAAAAAGAGGGGAGAAUGUAUGGAGAAGUUUUGUGCGCUGUCAGAGUGUUUCUGAUCAUCGCAUAAUCUUAGUUACACCACACAUGCUAUCUGAUUACUUACUCAGAAGUCAAUCAGAAUAGAUGACUAAAAAAACAUACAACAUGGGGAAUGCAUAAUGAGGAAGUGGCAAGCAGUGUCUUAGUUGUAUUCUACUCCUUUUUUGCGAGAAUAUUAGUUACACCUGCCAUGGAAGAAACGAAAAACACUAAAUGUCUUUUCUCAAAAAGCAAAAGUGAUGUAUGCUGAGAGCCCUGCUUGUGCAGCAGUUGUGCUGCCUGACG